ACAUUUUGGAAGGAUCGGCAGGCCUAUCUUCUGGCUGGGUACUUGCUGCCAACCUCUUGCUCCAAGGCUUGCUCAUCAAUGAAAGCUGUUUCCUGACACACUUACCACUGACGGUGAAUUCUCCUUUUUACCCGAAGAGAAUUUCAGUGGGGAGAGAAUCAACCAGAAAAGGACGUGUGGCUAUUCAUAUCUUAAUCAUAGACAAGAAGAAGGGAGGCAAAUUCCAGCCUUUCAAGAGAUUGUUUGCCAAGAGGAAAAAGAAAGACGCACCCCUGUCCGGGGAGGAAUCUUCGGGGAAGAAGCGUUCCGCCCGCCAGAGUGUCAGCAAUGGGACCCUCUCCUCAGAUGAGGAGACCCUGGAGGGCAAUCUAAGGUCCUUCGGCGGUACUAUGGGAACUCGGGCGUUUUCCCAUGACAGCAUUUUCAUCCCUGAUGGGGGAGCGGAGACUGAGCAGACAGUUCAAGCAAUGUCACAGGACAACAUCCUGGGCAAAGUCAAGGCUCUUCAGCAACAGUUGGGCAAGAACAUCAAGUUUGGGCAGCCGCCACCCAACGCCAUUCCCAUGAAGAAGGCAGACAGCGGAGACGCUGGUUUGGAAGAGGACCUGUUCCUGACCAGCCCCAUAGAAAUUGUGACUCACCAGGACCUCGUCCUCUCCGACACGGAGAACAAAUCCAGUGAUGCGCCAAGUUCUCUCAGUCCUUUGACUCUGUCUGCAGCCGGAAAUGAGAUGGAGGAGAAGGUUGCCCCCGUGAAACCGUCUCGGCCAAAAAGGCACUUCUCUUCUGCCGGCACCAUUGAAAGUGUCAACCUAGACGCCAUCCCGCUGGCCAUUGCUCGCCUGGACAACAGUGCCGCCAAGCACAAACUGUCCGUCAAGCCAAAAAAGCAGAGGGUGUCAAAGAAGCACAGGCGACUUGUCCUGGAUGGACAAAAUGAGUACGCAGGCCUGGUGAGCCAGGCGCCCCUGGACCAGAACGGCCACCCCGGGGAAGACAAGCAGAUGUGGCUGGAAGAGGAACCAGAGCCACUGGAUUCUGAGGAGGAGAAAAGACGCCAGGAAGAAUACUGGCAAGAGCUUGAGGCCAAGUGCAAACGGCAAAAGGCCGAGGCGGCCGAGAGGCGGCGCCUGGAGGAGCAGAGGCUGCAGGCCCUGGAGAGGAGGCUCCUGGAGGAGGAGGCCGGGGAGCAGGAGGAGCGCAAGGAGCCAGGACUCGCGCCCGAGGUAGGGGCGAGGACCAGGCAGCUGGAAGCGGAGACGCAGCGGAGGGCCGAGCUGGGUGGCCCAGACGCGGAGCGCAAGGAGAGCGCCGAGAAGGAACUCCCGGAGGCAGAGGAGCAGCUGCGGCUGAGCGAAGAAGAGGCCCAGCGACUGGAGGCGCAGAGAGGGCGGGAGGAAGAGGACCAACGCGGGGCGGAGCUCAGAAGACAGGAGGAGGAGGGGAGGAGGCAGGAGGCUGAGAAGCUUCUGGAAGAGGAGGAGCGGGAGGCACAGAGAAAGCGGGCGGAAGAAGAGGCGGAGCGGUGCAGGCAGGAGCAGCUGGAGGCGCAGAGGCUGCGGGAGGAGGCGGAGCGGAGGCGGGAGGAGGAGGAGGAGGAGGAGCGGCAGAGGCAGCGGCUGCGGGAGGAGGAAGACCAGCGGGCUGCGGAGCAGCGAUGGCAGGAGGAGCUGGAGAGGCAGGAAGAGCACCGACGGCAGGCGGACCUGGAAGCGCAGACGAGGCCAGAAGCCGAGAAGAAGCCCCAGGACGCCCCGCCGAGACCAGAUGAAGACCAGCACGGAGGACAGGACGAGGCGAGGCCCAGGAAGCCCAGAGCAGGCUCCGAGGAGCCUGGCCUGGGGCCCCAGCCGGCGACGGAGCUGCGGGGCAAGCGGGGGCGCGCGCACGCUCCAGGGGACGACCGCCACGUGAGUCUGGAAACGAGGGAGGAGCCUAAGCCGGAAGCGGCCCUGACUCGAGAGGGGCACCUGGAAAAAAGGCCGGUUCGCGGGGAGCGGCAGGAAGUGGUCACCGCAGAAGCUGAGCGGAAGGUGGAGGAACUCAGGUGGCGGGAAGUGGACGAGAGGCAGACCAUGCCCAGGCCCUACACCUUCCAGGUGUCCUCUGGGGGGAAGCAAAUCCUCUUCCCCAAAGUCAACCUGAGCCCAGUGACUCCCGGGAAGGACGCGGGACUUGUGCCCGCGCCCCUUGAGCCUAAGACCCAGCAAGCCAGCCCGGCCCCUCCCGCACUGCCCUCGGCCCUGAGCAUCCCCCACACGGCCAUCCUGGUCACAGGGGCGCAGCUCUGCGGCCCAGCCGUCAACCUGAGCCAGAUCCAGGACACGGCCUGCAAGUCUCUGCUGGGCUUGUCAGAGGAGAAGCCCGUCGAGCUCCCCGCUGGGGAAAACCUGCCCAGAGCCCCCGGCGAACCCCGGGCGGGCGGAGGGAAGGCCAGGCCCCCGCAGGACGCGUCCAGCAGCGGCACGGCGCUGGCCGAGUGGGCUUCCAUUCGGUCCAGAAUCCUGAAGAAUGCCGAGAGCGAGCCGAGGCCCGGCGAGGAGCCCCCUCCCAGGGGCCGGUGUGAUUCCCGAGGAAACCUCCGGAAGACCCCUCCGGGCAAUGCCAAGUUCUCCAUCAUGCCCGCCUGGCAGAAGUUCUCCGAGGGCGGCCUGGAGACCGCCAAACAGAACGCAGAAGCAGCAGAAGGUGGUCGGAGGAGAUCAGGCCCAGGUCCCGCCGAAGAGACCGAGCCCCCGCCGGCCGCCCCCGCCCCUAUGGAGACUCCUGAGCCCUGGAAGAGCCCUGAGAAAGUGGGGGUGCCCCAGGAGCCCACGGACACCACCGAGGGAUGCAAGUUUGCCAAAGAUCUCCCAUCGUUCCUAGUUCCGAGCCUCCCUUCCCCUCCACACAGAGCCUUGACGCAGGCAGAGCCUGUGAGCACUUCGGAAAGUGAGUCCCCGAGUGCCACCAAGAAGUCAGACCACACGGGGCCAGGAGGGGAGGAAAAAGCCUCGCCCUUUGGAAUAAAGCUGAGGAGGACCAACUACUCCUUGCGCUUUCACUGUGACCAGCAGACGGAACAGAAGAAGAAGAAGAGGCACAGCUGCUCGGGGGAAAGUGCUGACGGGGGCCCGCCUGCCCCAGAGGGCACAAGCCCAAGUGCAGAGACAGGGACCGAAGGUGUGACCGUCAAGCGUGGCUCAUCCCUCGCCCAAGAGAGGAAGCAGACCCUGGCCACCAGAAAGGACUCUGCAGAACCCCCUUCUCAACACUGCCCACCUGCGGCCCUGCCAGGACCCCCACCAUCCAACGGCCAGAGCCCAGGUGCAGAGCACAACAAGGUAGCAAACAAAAUGCCCUUGUUGCAGAAACCAGCGCUGGCUCCCAAGCCCACCAGCCAGACCCCACCGUCCUCCCCACUCUCCAAAUUAAGCAGGCCCUACUUGGUGGAGCUGCUGGCCCGACGAGCAGCCAAGCCUGACCCGGAGCACAGCGAGAAGGCCCAGGAGAGCCAUGACACCCGGACACCCGUGACACCACCCCCCAGGGAAAGGAAGGGGCAGAAGAGGGGUGAAGAGGAAGAGGUUCCACAGAUAAGGAAGCCCUCUACCCCGGCUCUGCCCUCGGCCGGCCAAGAGAAGCCUUCCCAAACACCCGAGGCUGGGAAGAAAGAAAAGCCGGUACUUCAGAGCAGACACUCUUUAGAUGGCUCUAAGCUCACGGAGAGAGCGGAGGCCGCGCAGCCGCUGUGGAUCACGCUGGCGCUGCAGAAGCAGAAGGGCUUCCGGGAGCAGCAAGCCACGCGGGAGGAGAAGAAGCAAGCCAGAGAAGCCAAGCAGGCAGAGAGGCUCUCCAAGGACAGCGUCAGCGCCAGCUCUCAGGCUGAAAGCAGCAGCAGCAGAGCUGGUUCUCUGCACAGGUCCGCAGCUCUGGCAGCAGAAGAGAGGAAGCCCACCGAGACGGCAGUGGCGCGGCUGGAGCGCAGAGAGCAGCUGAAAAAGGCCAGCACUCUUCCUACGUCGGUGACAGUGGAGAUCUCGGAUUCCGCUCCCCACCCGCCCCUGGUAAAAGAAGUCCCGAAGAGGUUCUCCACGCCAGAUGCUGCCCCCGUGUCCACAGAGCCAGCCUGGUUGGCUUUGGCGAAGCGGAAAGCCAAGGCCUGGAGCGACUGCCCACAGAUUAUUAAGUAAAGAGGGGUUCCUCGUCCCUUCCUGUGGCCUGAUUUUGGCCCCUCUCUUGCCCUUUUUAUUUAUUUAUUUUUUUAGAUGAG